UCCACGUGAACCGCUAUGGAAGCAAUUAAUGUGCUUCCUCUGCUCCUCAUCUCACUGCUUUUAACCUUUCUUGUCACGGAAGCAACCGAUAUCAUCACAGCAAACCAGACUCUAAAAGAUGGGGACACCAUUGUUUCAAAAGGUGGUAGCUUCGAGCUCGGUUUUUUCUCUCCGGGAGGAUCAAGAAACCGUUAUCUCGGUAUCUGGUACAAGAAAGUCUCUCUCCAGACCGUUGUUUGGGUCGCAAACAGAGAUUCUCCUCUCUACGACCUCUCAGGAACCCUAAAAGUCUCUGAAAACGGGAGCUUACGUCUCUUCAGUGGCAGAGACUACAUCAUCUGGUCAUCAUCUUCUUUGGAGAAGCCCGUUGUAAGAAACCCUAUCGUUCAGAUUCUUGAUACAGGUAACUUAGUCGUGAGAAAGUCAGGGGAUGAUCAAGAUUACAUAUGGCAGAGUUUAGAUUACCCAGGAGACACGUUUCUUCCAGGAAUGAAAUACGGUAUAGAUUUUUCAACCGGAAUAAACCGGUUCUUGACUUCUUGGAUAUCUCCAGACAAUCCAUCAACUGGUAAUUACACGAACAAAAUGGAUCCAAGCGGUGUUCCACAGUUUUUCUUAAAGAAAAACUCGGUUGAUGUUUUCAGGGCUGGUCCAUGGAAUGGUCUAAGAUUCACCGGUAUGCCUCACCUAAAACCUAACCCUAUUUACCGAUAUGAGUUUGUCUUCACGGAGGAAGAAGUUUACUACACUUACAAGCUUGAAAACCCUUCAGUGAUCACAAGAAUGCAGCUGAAUCCCAAUGGAGCUUUGCAACGUUACACUUGGGUCGAUAGCCUACAAAGCUGGAACUUCUAUCUAUCGGCUCAAAUGGAUAGCUGUGAUCAAUACAUGUUGUGUGGGUCUUACGGAAGCUGCAACAUCAAUGAGUCUCCAGCUUGUAGGUGUUUAAAAGGGUUUGUUCCUAAAUCUCCAGAGGCUUACUAUGCAGGGGACUGGUCAGGAGGGUGUGUUAGAGAAGUGAAAAUGGGUUGUGGUAAAGGAGAAGAAGACUUUCUGAAGAUUUCAAAGUUGAAGUUACCUGAUACAAGAGGUUCUUGGUAUGAUAUGAGAAUGGAUUUGAGUGAAUGUAAGAGGGUAUGCUUGAGAAACUGUUCUUGCUCAGCUUAUUCACCUUUUGAUAUUAGAGAUAGAGGAAGUGGAUGUAUUCUCUGGUUUGGUGAUUUGAUUGAUAUAAGAGAAUAUAAUGAAAAUGGACAAGAUCUUUAUGUGAGGCUUGCUACUUCUGAAAUAGCAAAGUAUAAAAACUAUGGCGUGAAGGGCAAGAUGAGGAUCAUGCUCAUUAUAGUAUUUUCUACAGUAUUGCUUCUUAUUUGCCUUUGCAUAUGUCUCACUUUCUGCAACAUGAGGAAGAGAAAGAAACUUGCAACAAUAGAAACUUCGCAUCGCGAUUUAGACCGUGUUUCCAGCAGAAAACAAGAGGAGGAAGAUGCUGAGUUACCGUUUCUUGAUCUUGAGGCCAUUGCAGAAGCUACAUCUGGAUUCUCUGAUGAGAAUAAACUUGGACAAGGUGGUUUUGGACCUGUCUAUAAGGGAACAUUGUCUUGUGGACAAGAAAUAGCUGUAAAGAGGCUUUCAAGAACGUCAAGACAAGGGAUAGAAGAAUUCAAGAACGAGAUCAAACUCAUUGCAAAGCUACAACACCGUAAUCUUGUCAAAAUUCUUGGCUAUUGCGUGGAGGAAGAUGAAAGAAUGCUUAUCUACGAGUAUCAACCUAAUAAAAGCUUGGAUUCUUUCAUUUUCGUUAAAGAACGGCGCAAAGAACUUGACUGGCCUAAACGAGUGGAGAUAAUCAAAGGGAUUGCUCGUGGACUGAUGUAUCUCCAUCAAGAUUCAAGGCUUCGAAUCAUCCACCGUGAUCUCAAAGCAAGCAAUGUUCUGCUUGAUUCUGAUAUGACUCCAAAGAUAUCGGAUUUUGGAUUGGCUAGAACCUUGGGAGGAGAUGAGACUGAAGCAAACACAACCAGAGUGGUUGGAACAUAUGGAUAUAUGUCUCCGGAGUAUCAAAUCGAUGGGUUUUUCUCAUUAAAAUCCGAUGUAUUCAGCUUCGGGGUUUUGGUUUUGGAGAUAGUGUCAGGAAGAAGAAACCGCGGUUUCUGCAAUCAAGAACACAAGCUGAACCUUCUUGGACACGCUUGGAGGCAAUACACAGAAGAUAAAGCAUGUGAGCUAAUCGAUGAAGCUUUAAAGGAAUCGUGUACCGAUGUUUCUGAAGUGUUAAGAGCUAUUCAUAUUGGUCUGUUAUGUGUACAACAAGAUCCCCAAGACAGACCAACCAUGUCAGUGGUAGUUCUGAUGCUGGGUAGUGACAUGUUGCUUCUUGACCCGAAAGAGCCUGGGUUUUACAACGAACGAAAUCUCUUGUAUUCUGACACUACAUCGAUUAAUCUGGAGAUUCCUUCCAAAAAUUUUCAAACCAUGAGUGUAAUAGAUCCUAGAUAAACCUUGUAAUCGAUCUUUUGUA